GGGGCAGAUCUUCGGCCGGAACACGACUUGCGCAUGCGCAGGAGCUGCGCCGGCUGGGUUGGUGGUUUGGAGGUUCCUGGCUGCUCCGUCCCGCUUCCCUCCAGGCCUCGGCUCCUGCUUGGGGCCGCUGAGCUGUGCCCUCAGGAUGAGUGUCCCCGACUACAUGCAGUGUGCAGAGGACCACCAGACCCUCCUGGUGGUCGUACAGGCCGUGGGCAUCGUGUCCGAGGAGAACUUCUUCAGGAUCUACAAGCGGAUCUGCUCCGUGAGCCAGCUCAGUGUGCGCGACUCGCAGCGGGCGCUCUUCAUCCGCUACCGACACCACUACCCACCCGAGAACAAUGAGUGGGGCGACUUCCAGACGCACCGCAAGGUGGUGGGCCUCAUCACCAUCACCGAUUGCUUCUCUGCCAAGGACUGGCCACAGACCUUCGAGAAGUUCCACGUGCAGAAGGAGAUCUACGGCUCCACGCUCUAUGACUCCCGCCUCUUCGUGUUCGGGCUGCAGGGUGACGUGGCUGAGCAGCCGCGCCCCGACGUAGCCUUCUACCCCAACUACGACAACUGUGAGUCAGUGGAGAAGCGCAUCGAAGACUUCAUCGAGUCUCUUUUCAUUGUUCUGGAGUCCAAGCGCCUGGACAGAGCCACGGACAAGUCCGGGGACAAGAUCCCGCUUCUCUGUGUCCCCUUCGAGAAAAAGGACUUUGUGGGACUGGACACGGAUAGUAGACAUUACAAGAAGCGGUGCCAAGGACGCAUGCGGAAGCACGUGGGGGACCUGUGCCUCCAGGCUGGGAUGCUGCAGGACGCCCUGGUACACUACCACAUGUCCGUGGAGCUCCUGCGCUCGGUGAAUGACUUCCUGUGGCUAGGGGCUGCCCUGGAAGGGCUGUGCUCGGCUUCCGUCAUUUACCACUAUCCCGGAGGAACCGGCGGCAAGACGGGGGCUCGGAGGCUCCAAGGCAGCUCGCUUCCCUCAGAAGCAGCCAACAGACACCGGCCAGGGGCGCAAGAAGUUCUCAUUGACCCAGGUGCCCUCACCACCAAUGGCAUAAAUCCCGACACCAGUACUGAGAUCGGACGGGCCAAGAACUGUCUCAGCCCCGAGGACAUAAUCGACAAGUACAAAGAGGCCAUUUCCUAUUACAGCAAGUAUAAGAAUGCCGGGGUGAUUGAGCUGGAAGCAUGCGUCAAGGCCGUGCGAGUCCUGGCUAUUCAGAAGCGUGGCAUGGAAGCUUCAGAGUUUCUGCAGAAUGCUGUGUACAUCAAUCUCCGGCAGCUUUCUGAAGAAGAGAAAAUCCAGCGCUACAGCAUCCUGUCUGAACUCUACGAACUGAUCGGCUUCCACCGGAAGUCAGCAUUCUUCAAGCGCGUGGCUGCCAUGCAAUGCGUGGCCCCUAGCAUCACGGAGCCUGGCUGGAGGGCCUGUUACAAGCUCCUUCUGGAGACACUGCCCGGUUACAGUCUGUCGCUAGACCCCAAGGACUUCAACAAAGGCACACACCGAGGCUGGGCUGCCGUCCAGAUGCGUCUGCUGCACGAGCUGGUCUAUGCCUCCCGCCGGAUGGGGAACCCCGCGCUGUCUGUGCGGCACCUGUCCUUUCUUUUGCAGACCAUGCUGGACUUCCUGUCCGAUCAGGAAAAGAAAGAUGUGACUCAAAGCCUGGAGAACUAUACAGCCAAGUGUCCCGGGACGAUGGAACCCAUCACCCUUCCAGAUGGCCUCACGCUUCCUCCCGUGCCCUUUACCAAGCUGCCCAUUGUCAGGUGUGUGAAGCUGCUGAGUCUCCCUACCAGCCUCCGGCCGCAGAAGGUGAAAAGCCUGCUGGGGCAGACCAUGUCCACCAAGAGCCCCUUCAUCUAUUCACCAAUCAUCCCUCACAGCCGUGGAGAGGAGCGCAGCAAGAAAAUAGAUUUCCAGUGGGUUCAAGGAGAUGUGUGUGAAGUUCAGCUGAUGGUGUACAACCCAAUGCCGUUUGAGCUCCGCGUGGAAAACAUGGGGCUCCUCACCAGCGGAGUGGAGUUCGAGUCUCUUCCUGCGGCACUCUCCCUUCCUGCCGAAUCCGGUUUGUACCCAGUGACGCUGGUUGGGGUCCCACAGACUACAGGGACGAUCACUGUGAAUGGUUACCACACCACAGUCUUUGGGGUCUUCAGUGACUGUCUGCUAGACAACCUCCCAGGAGUGAAAACCAGUGGCUCCACCGUGGAAGUCAUUCCUGCCUUGCCAAGACUGCAGAUCAGCACAUCGCUGCCCAGGUCUGCACAUUCCUUGCAGCCUUCUUCCGGCGACGAAAUAUCGACCAACGUGUCGGUCCAGCUUUACAACGGAGAAACUCAGCCGCUGGUCAUCACCUUGGAGAACAUCGGACUGGAGCCUCUGGAGCAGCUGGAAGUCACCUCCAAGCUUCUCACCACCAAGGGUAGGUGGCCUGGGGACCGUCCGUGUGCUCAGAGAGCCGAUGCUGGCUUACCCAAAUGCGAAAUCACCAGCUUCAUCGAUGGCACUAAAGGAGACCCCAGCACUGGGGCAGUGACCAUCGUUCGGACAGCGUGUAAAGCCACACGGAGCCUUGAAACAGUAGCAGGGGAACUAGAGAGUUACGGCCUCGGCGGCUCCUCUCUCAGGGAGUUGAGCGGGCAGCCCCCGCUCUCCCGUGUUCCGUCCACAUGGAACCCGGGGCCAGAGCAGCUCACGGACCCAGGGGUCCGGUGGAAACAAGACAAACCCCAUCUCACAAAACAGACCGUCAUGUUUUACCUGGGCCUUCUGUCUUCCUUCCCAGAUGGAAUCAGUGUGAGCGGCUUUCCCAUGUCCAGUCCUUUCCGCCAGGUCGUCCGGCCCCGAGUGGAGAGCAGACCCACGAACCCUUCUGAGGGCAGCAAGACGGGGGACCUUGGCCACCUCAAGACUCUGGAAGCUGUCCUGAACUUCAAGUACUCCGGAGGCCCAGGCCACGUGGAAGGGUAUUACAGGAACCUGUCUCUGGGACUGCAUGUGGAAGUUGAGCCCUCUGUGUUUUUCACCAGAGUCAGCACGCUUCCGGCAACCAGCACCCGACAGUGCCACCUGCUCCUCGACGUCUUCAACUCCACAGAGCACGAGCUGACAGUCUGUGCCAGGAACAACUCUGAGCUCAUCUUGCAUGCCAGCGAGUGCCAGCGAAUGGCUAUUCAAGUGGACAAGUUCAACUUUGAAAGUGUCCCAGAAUCCCCCGGAGAGAAGGGACACUUUGCAAAUCUGAAGCAGCUGGAAGAAGAGAGGCAGGAGGCACGGGGCUUGGAGAUCAGCAGCAAGCUGGACAUCCGCUGGAGAAUCCCGUCUCUGAAGCGCAGCGGUGAGGCGAGCAUUGAGGGCCUCCUGAACCAGCUCGUCCUGGAACACCUGCAGCUGGCGCCUCUGCAGUGGGAUGUGCUGGUGGAUGGGCAGCCAUGUGACUGUGAGGCGGCCGCUGCCUGCCAGGUUGGUGACCCCGUGCACUUGGAGGUGCGGCUGACCAACCGGAGUCCUCAUAGCGUGGGGCCCUUCGCCCUCACCGUGGUCCCCUUCCAAGACCACCAGAAUGGUGUGCACAACUAUGAUCUGCAGGAUGUCAUCUCCUUUGUGGGUUCCAGCACCUUCUACCUUGACACGGUGCAGCCCGCAGGCCAGUCUGCCUGCCUCGGGGCCCUCCUCUUCCUCUACACAGGCGACUUCUUCCUCCACAUCCGCUUCCAUGAGGACUGCAAGAGCAAGGAGCUGCCACCAUCCUGGUUCUGUCUACCCAGCGUGCAUGUGCGGGCCCUGGAAGCACAGGCCUGAGCCCCUCAGGCACCAGACCCAGCUCUCCUCCCUCCCAGAAGUCACCCUGUGUGCCGUCUGCUCGGUUUCUGGCCUAUUAUGCUGAGUGACCUCACACCCAGUGCCAGCCUGGGUGGCCCUGUUCUGUGGCCAGCACUGUGGAAGGUCCUUCCUGGUCUGCCUUCUCCCUGUGGCUGUAAGAAGAAAUGCUGAGCCACCCCUUCAGCCUCCUUAGGUCUGGCUCACCCCUAGAAUGCCACUGACAACCCAAGCAAGGGAGGGGACAGUGUGGGGGACCAGAGUGAGCGGGUUUCAGGAUGCUCCCUGCCCGUGUGUUCUGGGCUUAAGAUCUGUGUAUCCAUGUUGUCAUGUUCUCCAAUAAAGGCAUGUCUUGCUUACCUCA